AUGUCGUUGAAGCAGGAAAUCGAGACGUGGGUGCAGGCGCUCGCUCACUACGACAAUAAUGAAUACGACGAAGCUCUCCGAGUCUUUGAUAAUAUCGCCGAUACUUCCAAGAUUCUGUUCAAUUGCGGUGUUAUCCAUGCCACAUUGGGCGAACAUGAGAAAGCAGUGGAAUGCUAUCAACGAGCCGUUUCCCUCGACAAUUACCUCGCCGUAGCGUACUUCCAACAAGGCGUCUCAAAUUUCUUGUUGGGCGACUUUGAGGAAGCCCUCGCCAAUUUCAAUGAUACCCUUUUAUACCUGCGCGGAAAUACAUCGAUAGAUUACGAGCAAUUGGGCCUGAAAUUUCGGCUGUUUUCAUGCGAGGUUUUGUUCAAUCGCGGCUUGAGUUAUAUCUAUUUACAGCAGAUGGAACCGGGGUUGCAGGAUUUGCAGUUUGCGAGUAAAGAGAAAGUGACGCCGGACCAUGAUGUGAUUGAUGAAGCGAUUAGGGAGCAGGCCGAAGGAUACACCGUCUUUUCCAUCCCAGUCGGAGUGGUCUACCGUCCCAACGAAGCCAAAGUCAAAAACCUCAAGACAAAAGACUACCUCGGCAAAGCAAGACUAGUAGCCGCUUCAGACCGCAACAAUGCCUUCACGGGAUUCCAGGGCGCUGAAAUGCGAAAAGUUAUCGCUGUCGAAACAGCUGCCAAGGACGACAGACCAGCCGAGAAUAUUUCGUAUGCAGCUACGAAUCUGGUUCAGAAGAAUCUUAUGAGUCGGAGUAGACAACAGUCUGAACCACCGCUGGGUAGAAACACGUUUCCGCCUACGCCGCCUCCAGAGUCGGAUAAGAAUAGCACGUCUAGUAAUGCUAGUAUGGUUGGUGGGUUGACGCAGCGUGCUGCAUCGGUUCGUUCGGGUGUAGCUGGUGGUGGUGGUGGUCGCCCACCGAGACUGGAAUUAGAUCGACCCGGUGGAGCGGGCACAAAUGGACGGACAGGGGGUGAUCUGCCGUCUAUGGAGAAAUCCAGAAUUGGCACGACGCGUACAGCCUCUGAGCCGCGUGGACCAGCUUCAAGACAGUACUCAACGUCAUCUCGAGCCAGAGAUGGUCGUCCGCGUCUCUACCGCGAGACUACCGGUAGUAGUCGUCGUGGUGGCGGCGACGGAGGAUUCGAUUACGUCCCCGAAGAAGGCUACGCCGGAGAAGUAAUCGACAUGUACGCCACUCCACGCACAAACGGGAAUGGAUACGCGCCCAGACCCCGUCAGCAGCAGCCACGAUACAUUGAAGAAGAACCAGAAUACAGCAGUGAAUACGACGAUGAAAUCCCCGAAGCCGAAUUCGAAAUGAUGAAUGAGCAGCCGCCGCCACGACAACAGCGGUCUAGAUAUAGUCAACCCCAAAGCGCAUCUUCGGGAGGACAAGGACGAAGAGCACCUAGCAGCAGUCGUCGGCGCACAAUGCCUGAAAUCCGAAAGUUCCGUGUCAAGGUACACGCUCUUGAGGAUACGCGGUACAUCAUGAUUGAAUCGAAUAUCGGGUACGGCGAAUUCGAAGGACGGAUCCGUGAAAAGUUCGGGUUUAGGGGAUUGUUGAGGAUACGUAUGCGCGAUGAUAAUGACAUGAUUACGAUGGGGGAUCAGGAGGAUUUGGACAUGUUGUUGAAUGCGGCCAGGAAUGAGGCGAGACGAGAAAAUCAGGAAAUGGGGAAGAUUGAGAUCUGGGUUGAAGAACGAAUUUGAUUGGAUUUAUGCCUAGUUUUAUGUUCAUAGUAUUGUUUGUCCUUUCGAGCGAGGAGUUGGUCAGAUGGGUUUUAUAUAUUUUUCUCUGUCGUCUCAGUUUUGCUGAUGACUUGACUAUCUUUGAUAUCCCGAUGAAUGAAAAUAUUGUUUUUCG